UUUAAAUUCAAGCUCCUGACUGAAAUAAUGAUCCGCAGCCAAGCGCCGGGGAGCCGGGGCACCCCGGGGACUCUGGAGGGCGCCGCGGGCGUGGGCAAGGGCAGGGGGAGUGGGCGAGGCCGCUGGUUGGUGCCUGAAAUCUGUGCGUUGCCCCUUUAAUUGUGUCCCCAGCCCUCGGGCGUUUCUGUCCAACGCCCACGUCAGCAAAUACCUUUUGUUUCUCUCACGUUGGGGCUACUUGUUUUAGGGCGCAAAGGAGCCGCUUCGAAAGGGGGUCCUGGCCCCGCCGAGACCCGGGAAUCUGCCCCCAGCCUGGCCGCGGCGCCGCGGCCCGCGGACAGUCUUCCAAACACAGACUUUGUUGACUUGGAAGCACCCCUCUUUGACUCCACUCAGUCGAGUUAAGAGGGUUUCAAGAGCAGCAUUCAUCAGUUUCCAGAUACAGCUGACAAAUCAUCUACCUCUAACCAGACCUUUGACCUAUAUACCUCUUUAUGAGGAAGAAAUCAAGGAUUUAUUUAUUUUAUUUGAAAGGUCAGUCACAACCCAACUUAACGGAACCAUUCGGUGUUUUCCUGGGACAAACAUUUUUGUCUUGGGAGCUAAGACCUCUGGAGAGACAGAAAGCAAACAUUCCCAUGGAGAUCUCCUCUCAUCAGUCUCACCUCCUGCAGCAGCUGAACGAGCAGCGCAGACAGGACGUGUUUUGUGACUGCAGUAUCCUGGUGGAAGGGAAGGUCUUCAAAGCCCAUCGGAACGUACUGUUUGCCAGUAGUGGCUACUUCAAAAUGCUGCUGUCUCAGAACUCAAAGGAGACGAGCCAGCCAACCACUGCCACCUUUCAGGCUUUCUCCCCGGACACUUUCACGGUCAUCCUGGACUUUGUCUACUCCGGCAGACUGUCUCUCACCGGGCAGAAUGUCAUCGAAGUGAUGUCAGCUGCCAGCUUCCUUCAGAUGACUGAUGUCAUUAGUGUGUGCAAGACGUUCAUUAAAUCUUCACUGGACAUCAGUGAGAAAGAGAAAGACCGCUAUUUCAGUCUCUCGGAUAAAGAUGCCCACUCUAAUGGCACAGAACGUCCCUCUUUGUAUAGUAGUGGCUGGCAAGAAGGAAGUGGUUCUCCACACUCUCACUUAAACCCUGAGCAAGGAGCAGGUGGAAUAAGUGGAAAAGCGUGGAGUAAGUAUCAUUACCACCCAGUCUCCCACAGGAAUGCUCAACAGCUGCUGGCCAAGCACGAGCAGAGGAAAGACGCCAUUAAAAAGACCAAACAUUUGCGAUUGUCACAGCCGUCCGAUGUUGGUCAUUUUAAGUCAAGCAAACGGGAAGCACGGACCUCCGAUUCUUCCGACCAUGUUUCCCAAUCAGAAGAACAAGCACCUGUUGAUGCUGAAAUGGACUCCACUCCUGUUGGCUAUCAGUAUGGUCAAGGACCUGAUGUCACAUCCAGAAGUUUUCCAGAUGAGCUACCCCGGAUGCGGUUCAAGUGCCCCUACUGCACCCACGUGGUGAAGCGGAAAGCAGACCUGAAGCGCCACCUGCGCUGCCACACGGGGGAAAGGCCCUACCCGUGCCAAGCUUGUGGGAAGAGAUUUAGCAGGCUGGACCAUCUGAGUAGCCAUUUUCGAACAAUCCACCAGGCCUGCAAACUAAUCUGCAGAAAAUGUAAACGCCACGUGACUGAUGUAACAGGACACGUGGUGCAGGAAGGCACGCGGCGCUACAGGCUGUGUAACGAGUGCCUCGCGGAGGUCGGCAUUGACAGCCUCCCGGUCGAUCUGGAAGCUGAGCAGCAUCUUCUGUCCUCAUCCGAUGCAGAGAAGGAGUCCAGAUGGCGCUUGGGUGAAGACGAGAACAGAUCCUACGUGGAGAUUGUGGAGGACGGGUCGGCUGAUCUGGUCAUCCAGCAGGUUGAUGACAGUGAAGAAGAAGAAGAAAAGGAAAGAAAGCCCAACAUUAGGUAGCCAUAAGGGGAACCAGCAGAGCUUGGCAUGUGUGCAUCUUCAUUGCCUCCAUGUGUCUCUUUCCAUGGUCAGAGUCUGGUUAGCAAGUUUAUUACUGACUUAAAAGGAAUGACCUGAUGUAACCUGCAUGCUUUCUGAACAGGCCAUUGUAUCCAUUCUGAGCUUUGUUGCCCUGUAAUUCGUUGCUGCACUGGAAAGAAAGACCUAGCUUGAGUUGGCAUGAUGGGUGGAUGAUCAUCCUCUUACUUUUACUGUAAUCCUUUUACAUAUGCGGAGACACCUUUUUUCUUUUAUUAUUGGAAGAUCUACUUAGCAAACUUUUUUUCAAAGAAAAUAUUUUAAAUAAAUUUAUCAUAACUGAACUUCAUGUAAGACAAUUCCAAAAAUAUAUAUACCAUCAAUACUGAAUUCCGCAGGGAACCAGGUAAGAGCACAUUUAAGGGCCUGGCAACCCAUCUGCCUGAACCAAUAUGUUUUCCUAUUAACUUCAGAUCUGAAACAAUAUAGCAUUAUUCCAGUGUCCUAAAUGUUUUAGAUUAUGGCAGAAGAGUAAUCUAAGAUGUUCAAAAUUGUGCGUAUUUGAAAUUUUUGUCAUUAAGUUUAAAAUUGCUCUGAUGUAGACAGAAUUAUUAAAAAAAAAAAAAACUAAAGUAAGGUUGGCCAAGCAUUGUAUACACGUUACUUUGCUUAAAUCAAGAAAUCAAUACUGACUUUGAAAAGUCCCUGUGGUUUGUGAAAACCUGUCAAGAUAUUUCCCUACCUCUCUAGAGAAAAAAAAAAACAAAAAACAAAAACAAAACUAGAGAUCCUUACUAGUUCCCAAGUGUAGUUUCUGACACAUGUGUAGUGCUCUAUUAUUUAUAAAGUACUCUCUCAUGUUUUAUUCACUGAUCGGUGAGGUAGACAUCAUCUCCGAUUUACAAAUGAGAAAUUAAUGUCCAAAACUUUAAGUGCUAGAAUUGAUAAUUAGACACAUUCUAGGGUUUUUUUGUGUGUGUUUUGAGGUUUGUUUGUUUGUUUUUAGAUUUAUUUAUUGAUUUGGAAGGCAGAGUUAGAGAGGGAGAGACAUACAAAGAUCUUCCAUCCUCUGGUUCACUCCCCAAAUGGCCAUAAUGGCCAAGACUGGGCCAGGCCAAAGUCAGGAGCCUGAAAGUCCAUCCUGGUCUCCCAUGUGGGUGGCAGGGGCCCAAGGACAUGGGCCAUCUUAUGCUGCCUUCUCAGUUAGCAGGGAGCAGGAUUGGAAGUGCAGCAGCUGGGACUAGAACCAAUGCCCAUAUGGGAUGCCAGCAUUGUGGGUUAUGGCUUAACCUGCUGUGCUACAAAGCAAGCCCUGAGAGAUUCUAAUUUUAAAUAAUCCUCUUACAAAUAUUGCUCCCUGAAUGUCUCCUGAAAUGGCAAAGAAUUAAAGUCAGCCAUCUGCAAUAAUUAUAAAAAUAAGCCAUUCUGAAUUAUAAAGUUGGAAAGAAUUUAUUCAUUGUCAUAACAUAAUAUUUGAUCUAGUUAUUCCGAUAGUGCUAAGUAAUGUUCCUGUACCUACUGACGUAUUUUAUGUGAUGUUACUUAAAUGUUAACUUUAAAUAUGAAACUAUUUGAACAAAUUAUUUUUUAAACACAUUAAGCAUUUUUGCUUACCUUGUUUAUGUUUUCAAAACAGACUUUUCUCCUAGGAAACAAAGUUUAAACUCCUCCUCUAUAUGAAUUAUGAAACAUUCCAAAAUUACAGCUAAGUUAGAGAAGCAUUAUUUAUUUCUAAAGUACCAAAAGUGAACUUCGUAAAGGUCUCUGCAAAUUAUCAGAAAGAACUUAAUAUAAUUUGUGAUAUAGACAGUCCCUUCCCUGUAUCAAACUGUGUUUUUAAAUGCCAUUACAUACCUCAAGAAGACACUUUUGUAGUUAGUAUUUUCUCUUAUGAAUAUUGCCCUUGAUACUAAUGUAUGGUCUAAAAUGAUUAAUUUUUUUAUUUUGUCAUAAGUAGAUGAAUAACCACUUAGUUUUAUGAUACUUCAAGAUUCCCUUGCUGGUACGUCUCCAGCUGCCUCAAGCCUCCAUGGUAUGCAUUGGGUUCAUUGUCCUCCUAUCACAAUCAUUCCUAAAUCAGGAUUCUGAAUUAAGUUGUAUUCAAUGAUGCCAUUCUCCACUCUUACUAGAGUGAUACUAACACCUUUCAAAAUUAUAAUCUGGUUUUUCAUUGUUGGGGCCAAUAGGAAAAAUGGCUGAUUUUAGCUUUAUUCAUAGAAAUGAAGUAGUGCUUGUAUUUGUAUUUUUUAACACACUUUAGUCUAUCUAAAUGUUCUUUUAUGCUAUUAUCUCCUGCAUGCAAACUAUACAUACAUCAGCAUGAGUAUCAGCAAAGUGUGCUGAACACAGGACCACCAGCUCUUGUAAUUGCCUUUUCAGAAAUAAUGCUUUCUUGUAAUUGUUUAUAACAAGCAUCAAACAAUCCCCACAAGACAGCUCUCAAGUUCAGAGAGAGCACCGGUUCUGUCAUCCCACCAUCAUAAAGGAAGAACACUCAAGAUACAUCUGUACAUUGUAAAUGACCCUGGUCAUCAUGUCAUGUAUACCUAAGACUUUCGAGAUGGGUUUCUUCCUAGAGUGAAACUGUCUAUUGAUGAUUCCUGGGAAGACACAGUUCUUUGACUUUUAAAUGCGGGAAAGUGUUACACAGAGGCAUAAUCUGUUGAAAUAAGCUUUACUUCUGCCAAGGGAUUUUUGUUUGUUUGUUUACAUCAGGAAAAUAAUUGUUGGUUAGACCAAAGUCUGCUCCUCCAGGAAUGCUUUUUCUCAGCUUCUGAUGCCCUUCUAAGUCUGUUGUCCUCGAGAGUGCGGGGCAGUGUGACGAAGUUCUGCAAAAAGCAAGGGCCACGCCAUCAUGCCUGGCGUCUGGAGGAAGCAGAUGGAUCAGUCAGCAGUUGAAGAUUUUUUUUCUCUUACCCAAGAAUUUUUCAAAUGAUUUUUUUCAUAGAAAAGUUCAACAUUUAAGGGAUAAACCCUAAAAUCAGAGCUGCGCUGGUUCAGGCCCCCGUCCCAUGAGCCUUUCCCCAGACACCUCUGCAGAAUUCAGAAGCACAACAUUGAAAACCACGAAGCCAGCUAACUUCUUGGAUUCCCUUUGAGAGUUUCUAGGAGUCUCACUGAAGAGCAGGUAACCACAGCGUCUCAGUGAAGGGAAUCACACUCUUAGCGUAUGGUGUUUUUUCUGUGGUUAUCAAACUGUAAAACUUUCUAAGAACACAUUUUUUGGUACUUUUUAAAGAGGUGCAAUUGACACAACCAUAUUGCUGCUUUUUAUGUGGCCAAGUUACUGCUCAAUAGAUGAACAAAUUUGGUGGCUUAAUUAUUUAUGUGCUUAGAAAUCAAUUCAUGAAAGUCAUUUGCCAAGUUGUGCUAAGAUACCUUGGAAUUUCCACUUAUAUUGGUUUGGAAAAAUGUUUCUAGUCCUAAAAUUAACAGUAUGGAAAAUCACCAAAGCAGUACAGCUUAGGCAGAUGUGUUUAGCUGGGUGGGUAAUAACAGUAGGAGCAGCAGGACCAAGCUGUAGAUUGUAAAUGGAAGGCUAUAUGUUAAUUUAUGUUAGAGUGUAUUUGGUAUUAUUAUUAUCAUUUAUAUAGCACUUUAUAUUUGCAAAAUAUUUAAUAAUUUUAUGUUAUUCUUUACAUAUCUAUGGAAUAGUUAUCCCACAUGAAAGGGGAAGUGGUUGAAGCACAGAACUGUAAAGCAGCCCACCUAAGGCAGCCCCGUGAAACAGCGGCCACGCAGGAAUUAGAAUCACCAGAUCCUGGAAUGUCAGCUGACUUCACUGAAGCCUAUUGUGUAUGAUUCUAUUUUAUAAAAUGAUUUUUUUUAUAAAAUGAUUUUUAUACAAGUAACAGUCAAUUGUUUAAAGCAUUGUUUGUGGCUAAAUCCUAUACAAAAUAAAUGUUAUAUAAAGGUUG